CGAGCGAGUCUUGCAGUACUGGUCCCCUCUGUUUUGAUACUCUGAAAUGUACUUCCCAGAAGGUACGGCCUCCAUCCAUUUGACACAUAGGUCUUACGACUCCGGUUUCAUGCUAAUACCAAUUUGUCCUGCACCGUAUGGGAAGCGUAGGCCCCGGGCAGCACUCUUUGCUUUCAGCGGCCUCUGGUCGUCCCAGGAGCAUCAAGUAUCGGCAUCAGGCUCUAUAUACUAACGGAUCAAAGUUUUCAUCUUGCAGGCACGUAUAUGAAGGUAGGUCCCAGUUGGCAGCGCAAGGACUACCACCUCUUCCACUACCAUACGGUCUCCUUACUCACUUGCAUGCGUACCGGUCUAUUAGAACGCUUACACUCUUGAUUUUCUGACGUACUUGGCGGCUUGCUAUUUCGAACGUGCAGCACUCAUAACUGCAUCCGUUAAUUGCUAUCACUCCGUCGUCAAUAUUAGCUACUCAAGCGUACGGCGUAGCCUUUAUCCCUUGC